UUUGCAUUUCAAAGGUUCAUGGGCAUUUCUGCAUUCCGAAGGCUCGUGGGCAAUUCUCUUCUGAGACUCGAGCACAGGAUGCCAUGUCUGGUGUCUUCAUGUCAAAACCGUUUCAUCAAGAUGUCACUUAUCCUCCCACAAAUAAGUUACAAGGCCCUGUUCUGCCUCACCUGCCUCCAGAUCUUUCCAAACAAGGAGAGGAGCUACAAACAUGGCAAUCACCAUCCCCAGAAGUGGCAGACAGCUGUGGUGCAUGGCCAGAGCCUGGCAGAGCCGCUGGGAAAGAAGCCAUGGACGGUGGCAGUCCCCCCAGUCCAUCUGGAGCUCACCCGCAGGACCCCCUCAAGGAAUGUUGGGGUGUUCACUGGCAUGCUCAGCAGAGCAGGGCUCAACCUUCCAGAACUAGCCUCUGAGAAGCAGCCAGCUCAAGAGGCAGUUCUGGGACGAACCCUGGGGUUUGGGGAGGGUGGCAUUUCCACUACUAUUUCCUGUGUGCCUUGGGCAAGUCCUCUGGCCCCAGCAGCUUCAAAUGCUGCUGGCAAGGGUGAGGGUCUCUUUCACCCAGCCUUGUCCUUCUGUGGUCCUGGAAAUCCCUUAGGGGAGCUAGUGGUGUCACCUGGCCCCUGAGGCUCAGGAAGCACUCUUUCCAGGCUGUGGAGUGGCAGUACUUUCUUCCCUCAUAGUCCUCAUGGCUGCUUGAAACCAGCUCAGAGGAGCCAUGAGGUGGCUGUGUGGGCUGGAGAGGGUUAGCGAACUAGCUCUGGAAUAGGCUGAGUGAAUCUGGUGCUUAAGCGUUUCAGAGGACAGGAGGGAGGGGCUCCUUGGUGGGCUGACACAGGUGCAUCUAGAAGCCCCCCACCUUCCUUCCCAUUAUCCGCUGGCUGGUUCUUCUUGCGCAUGUGAGAACAGCACCAGGGGUGCCGGCCUCCCAGAUCUGCCCUUCUGUCUUUCUGUGAGCUGUCUUCUGCUGGAUGUGCAAGCCCUGGGUCGAGUCCCCAUCACUGUGGGGUCUGCAGUGUGAGAGUGGGGUGCCUGAGUCUGGUUUCGCUCAGGUGUCUUCUCAAAUCGGAAACCAUUUACUGUCCAGCUCCCAGUCCAAGUGACACUCUCCCACAAAGCCUACCUUCCCAGUUUCUUCCCAUCAGGUAGUGGAUGAAUGCCACACAGAGAACAGGGCCAGCAAAGGGUCUAAGGACAAGAAAGCUGAAGGGAGGAAGGAGGAACCUACUUACUUAAAAACAUUGCUUUGAAGAGCUGGAGUAUAACUCAGUGGUGGAGCACUUGCCAAGCAUGCACAACACCCUGGGUUUGAUCUUCAGCACUGCAAAAAAUUAGAUUAAAAUAUUUCUUUGAUUGCUGGGCACGGUGGCGAAUACCUUUAAUCUCAGUGGCUCGGGAGACUAAAGCAGGAGGACCGCAAGUUCAAAGGCAGCCUCAGCAACUUAGUGAGGCUCUAAGCAACUUUGAAAGACCCUGUCUCUUUAAAUUAAAAAAUAAAUAAAAAGGCGGGGGGGCGGGGUGGCUGGAGAUGUGGCUCGAUGGUUAAGCACUCCUGGGUUCAAUCCCUGGUACCAAAAAAAAAAAUUCCUUUGACUUAAAAAACAAUG